AUGUCGAUGGAGGACUAUCCCCUCGAGGACCUUCCUUCAGAGGAGAACAUUGUGUUCGUCACCUCGACCGCUGGUCAGGGUGAGUUCCCCCAGGACGGCCAUGCCUUCUGGGAGUCCAUCAAGGACAACACGGAGCUCGACCUUGCCAACGUCAACUACUCCGUCUUUGGUCUCGGUGACAAGCACUACUGGCCCCGCAAGGAGGACAAGAUUUACUACAACAAGCCGGCCAAGGACCUCGACCGCGUCCUCAGCAACCUCGGCGGCAAGAGGCUCGCUGAUGUUGGUCUCGGUGAUGACCAGGACCCUGAUGGCUACAAGACGGGCUACCAGGAGUGGGAGCCCAAGAUCUGGCAGGCGCUCGGCGUCGACAAUGUCGAGGGUCUUCCCGAGGAACCUGCUCCCAUCACCAACGAGGACAUCAAGAUUGCCUCCAACUUCCUCCGUGGCACCAUUGUCGAGGGUCUCGCCGACACCUCGACUGGUGCCAUCUCGGCCUCUGACCUGCAGCUCACCAAGUUCCACGGCACCUACAUGCAGGAUGACCGUGACCUUCGUGACGAGCGCAAGGCUCAGGGUCUCGAGCCCGCCUACUCCUUCAUGAUUCGUUGCCGUCUGGACGGUGGUGUCGCGACGCCCCUUCAGUGGGUGCAGAUGGACGACAUCAGCAACACGCUCGGUAACGAGACGAUGAAGCUGACGACGCGCCAGACGUUCCAGUUCCACGGCAUCGUCAAGGGCAAGCUCAAGCCCGCCAUGCAGGCCAUCAACCGCGCUCUCAUGACGACUAUUGCCGCGUGCGGUGAUGUCAACCGUAACAUCAUGUGCAGCUCGCUUCCCACACAGUCUGCCUUCCACAAGGAGGUCUGGAAGUACUCCCAGGUCAUCAGCGACCACCUGCUGCCUCAGACCACGGCCUACCACGAGAUUUGGCUCACGGACGACGACAACAAGAAGACCCAGGUCGCCGGCAACGCCGUGCAGGACUUUGAGCCCCUCUACGGCCCCACCUACCUGCCCCGCAAGUUCAAGAUCACCAUGGCCAUUCCUCCCCACAACGACACGGACGUCUACGCGCACGACAUUGGUCUCAUCGCCAUCAAGGGCAAGGACGGCAAGCUCGCAGGCUUCAACGUGCUCGCCGGUGGUGGCAUGGGUACCACGCACAACAACAAGAAAACGUACCCCCAGAUCGGUCGCCACCUCGGCUUCUGCACGCCGGAUCAGGUCCACAUUGCGUGCGAGAAGAUCAUGCUCGUGCAGCGCGACAAUGGCGACCGCAAGAACCGCAAGCACGCGCGUCUCAAGUACACCAUUGACGACAUGGGUGUUGAUGUCUUCCGCAGCAAGGUCGAGGAGCUGUGGGGCCGCAAGUUCGAGAAGCAGCGCCCCUUUGAGUUCAAGAGCAACGUCGACACGUUCGGCUGGCAGAAGGACGAGACUGGUCUCAACCACUUCACCUUCUUCAUCGAGAACGGUCGCAUCGAGGAUACGACAGCGUUCCAGAUGAAGACGGGCCUUCGCGAGUUGGCCAAGCUCGGUAAGGGCGAGUUCCGCCUCACAGGCAACCAGCACCUCAUCCUCAGCAACAUUGCCGACGCGGAGCUCGACGAGAUCAAGACUCUGCUCAAGAAGUUCAAGCUCGACAACCUCCAGUCUCCUCCCUGCGUCUGA